AUGAAUUUAAAAACAAUUUUGGAGGAAGGAUGGCCACACCACAAGAAGAAUCUUCCGGAAAGUAUCCGACCGUAUUGGAAUUACAUGGCAGAAAUCCAUGAAGCAGACAACUUGAUGUUUGUCGGAGACCGGAUUAUUGUACCGUUGGAACAAAGAAAUUAUGUACUCAGCAAAAUUCAUGAAAGCCAUUUGGGAAUGGAGAAGUGCAAAUCAAGAGCAAAGCAGUCCCUUUAUUGGCCAAACAUGUUUGCAGAUAUAGAAAUGAUUUGUAGCCAGUGCUCUAUUUGUAAUAAAUUCAAACGACAAAAUCAGAAAGAAACUUUGAUCCAACACGAAAUCCCUGCGCGACCGUGGGAAAAAGUUGGAAUUGACAAUUUUGAAUAUAAAUCUCGGAAUUAUGUUCUGGUAGUUGAUUAUUACUCGAAAUUUGUUGAAAUAAGGCUGCUGCAAGGAACAAAUGCACAGUCAGUUGUGAACAAUUUGAAAGCUAUUUUCUCAGUUCAUGGAAUUCCCGAGGAAAUAGUUUCCGACAAUAUGCCAUUCAACAGUCAUUUCUUUAAAACGUUCACCAAGGAGUACAACAUUAAACUGUCAACGUCAAGUCCAACGCAUAGUCAGUCGAAUGGGAUGGCAGAGAGAAGCAUUCAGACCGUGAAAUAA